AUGGAGGUCUCCGUCCAGCAAUCCUGGGCGCUUCAGGGGCUCUUUGACGGCGAGACUGGCAGGCUCAUUACAGUGAGCAGGGGCCUGCUGGGGGCUGCCGGUUUGGAGGCGGAAGGCGGAGUACCACAGCAGGACGUCACCCUGUUUGACCUGCUGCCCUCAUUGACCGCGCCCCAGUUCCGUCAGUAUGUGAAGCAGCUCAAGGCCCAUAAGCGGAGCCUGGCCGCAUUCCCCUCCGCACUGCGCAAGCAGAGCAGAUGCUCAGAAACGACCUCUCGGAGCAGUCUCAGCGAGACUGGUGGGCUGCGGCAACGAAACAGCAGCGGGGUAACGGCAGAAGAUGGCUUGGGCUCCCAGAGUAGGACGGCGGCAGAGCAAGGGAGUUUUGCGGAGACCUCCGCUGAGCAACAAAGGGGUACAAGUGCCAGCGAGGAAUCACGGAGGGUUUCGUGGGGUGUGACGAGACCCGUGAAAGUGCGUCCAGAAAGCUGCGAACAGGCAAUCCCGGAAACCACCGUGGGGGAGACAAUUGGGAGCACGGAAGCAGACGAGGGAGCGAAGAAGGCAUCUCGGAUAGUGACUCGACGAGAAACAUUAUUAAGGUCGUUCAGUUGGCAGCCGCAGCGAAGCGGAAAGUUGAUCGUAGCCAACCUUCCCAUAGAACGGGAGCAGAAUCCGAGGGAGUUCGACCAAGCACAAGGGGGCACUCGGGACGUAGACGAAGUAGAGAGGAGGAAUACUAAUCAUUUGCCGCCAGCAGACGCGAGCCGUGUGACAAUGCGAACGAAGCAGUCUUGGGUGUGGGGAGGCGUAGACACUCGCAAGAGCUUCAACGACAGUGACGUGUGCGUUCAGGUCGAGUUACAGCUCGUGACGUCAGGGUCAGAGACGGGGCGACACGGUUCCGACCCAACGAGUAUAGACGACGGGCAGAACCGGGGGAUCCCCCCGGGGGCUCCUCUGGUGCUCGCGAGCUUUUGCCACGUGCCCGCGCUGCAGAAGCUGGUCCGAAGAGUGCGCGACCUGCGGCGCGACGUGCGCAAGGCGACGGUCGUCAUCCCGAACCUGGUGCCGCGCAAAAAGGCGCUCGAGGGCUACCUCAAGAAGCCGAGAUCCAGCGUCUCGCGCAAGACUUCGCUGAGCGGAAGUCUGCCGGGUGAAAAGUACAGUCAUGAGAAACUCUUGGCUGGAGAAAUUGUCCCUGACGAACAAGAGUGCGGCGACCCGUUUGAGAUGGAGCCCGAGAUCUCGGCGCUCAAGGACGUCGUGCGCGCGCUGACGUACCGCAAGGCGCGCUACCGGUCGCUGCUGGACAUCGCGGGCGUGGGGACGGCGCUGGUGGAUCUGUCCACGUGCGUCAUUGCUGAGGCCAGCAAGGCCAUGGCGCGGAUCCUGGGGUACACGCCCGGCGAGCUGACGGGGUGGCGCUUCCGCGACCUGGUGGCGCCGGAAGACCGGGCCAAGUACCUCACGAACAUCCAGCGCUUCAUUGACAGCAAGGUGGAAUGCGCCAACCAGGAGGUGCAGUGCCUGCACGAGGAUGGCACUCGCAUCUGGGUCCGCCUGACAAGCGUCCGUCACGGAACCUUCGUUGUGGAGGACAUUCGCAAGGCGAAGCGCGCCUUGGAGAUGACUGCACAAGCUGCUGAACGGUUGCGGCUCAUGGUGGAAGGCCUCACAGUUGGUGCUGUGCAUAUCUACCGGGGCGACAACCCUGCGGAUCCGCUCGUUCACGUCAACCCCGUUGUUGAGAAGCUGCUAGGAUUGUGCCAGGAUGACGUCCGAAGUCUUCCUGCUCUUUUCAAAGCGCUGUAUCGUCAAGGGGCUGAGGAAGCCUUGGAGAAUUACCACAAGCUCUAUCUUGGCGUCGUGGAACCUCCCAAGGUGAUCGAAGUCUUCUGCAGAGAUGGACACAAGAUCCUACUCGAUUUUGGGUUGAGCAUCCAACCGCAUGGGGAGGUUUGGGUUGUUCACGAUGCGACGGAACGCCAGUCAGCAACCGAAAAGUUCAAGAAGAUUUUCGAGUUGACGAAGUGCAACGACGCCGCUGUGGCGAUCUUGGGCUUUCAAAGUAGGAGCGAUCUCAUCUCCUUGAACCUUGGAGACAUCAAUCCACCGUUUCAAGCGGAUGGUAGGCCAUCAGCAGAGGGGAGUCUAGAAAAAGCUCGAAUAGCGAGCGAGCAAGGCUACUGCAACUUUGAGUGGGCCCACCAGAAGCGCGACGGGACACCGCUUCUCGUCGAUGUGCACAUCACUUCCUGCGUCUUGGAGGGAGUCACGGUGCUGAUGACGGUGUGGCACGACCUGACGGAACGGAAGAAGUCCGAAGCCGCCUUGAGAGCUGCCAAGGAGGCGGCGGAAGAUGCGAGCAAGGCCAAGUCUCACUUCCUGUCUAACUGCAGCCACGAGAUUAGGACGCCUAUGAACGGCGUCAUUGGGGUCGCGGAGCUUCUUCUCCAGACGGAUCUCACAACCGAGCAGCGAGGUUACGUUGAAACCAUCAUUUCGAGCGGCGACACGCUCCUUGCUUUGAUCAACGAUGUCCUGGACUUCUCGAAGAUAGAGAGCCGAAACAUGCGUCUCGAGAGCGUCCGAUUCUCCUUGCGCCGGGAGAUCCAGCAGACCUUGACCCUGCUCGCGGUGAAUGCUACCAGGAAGGGUAUCAAAAUCUCGUGCUCCAUCGACGAUUCGGUGCCAAAGAAUCUCAUUGGGGACCCCAUGCGCAUCCGACAGAUCUUGCUCAACCUGGCAAGCAACUCGCUCAAGUUCACCGAGAGGGGCGAGAUCAACAUACUGGUGAGCCUGGCCACCGACCAACCGCCCGCCAUCAUGCCCGGGGAGCUCUUCACCAGCGAUUCGCCGAGACCGAGUCGACGGUGCACAAGCCCUCCCCAGGCCAACCCCGCGGUCCUCCGGCUGCAGCGCCACUACAGCACAAAACUGACACCGCCGUCAUCCAGACGGCAGACGCACUCUGCCGGCGACUCUGGCUUCAUCCCGUCGGGGGCGACAAGCGCCCCGUCGCUCUAUUUGCCGCUGGACAUGGCGAACGUGCUGCUGCUGGUGGAGGUGAGGGACACCGGGAUUGGGAUUCCGGAGGAGGCGCAGGGCCGGCUGUUCCAGGCGUUCAUGCAAGCAGACGCGUCCACGUCACGCCGCUACGGUGGCACGGGUCUCGGCUUGUGCAUCUCCAAAUCGCUCGCGAACCAGAUGGGAGGCGACAUGUGGCUCAAAAGCAAAGUGGACGUCGGGACGUCGUUCUACUUCACGGUCCGCCUGGGGCUCAUCCGGGAGACAGGGCCACCAGGACGGAAGUCGUCGUCCGACAUGGGGCUGCGCAUUGUCCUCCCCCCCGGCAGCGGGACCCCGGAGGCAUCUCCCAAAGCAUUCGGUCGCGUUCGAGAAUACGGAGACGACUCGCACACGCCUCCCAUCGAGCUACACAAGCUGAAAAGUUUCAAGGGUCUGCGGGUUCUCGUAGCAGAGGAUAACAAGGUGAACCAGCUGGUCGCCACGCGGAUCCUGCACAACCUGGGCUGCGAUUUCGAAGUCGUGGACAACGGCCGUAAGGCAGUGGAGGCCUCGCGAGAGACGCACUUCGACCUCAUCCUCAUGGAUUGCCACAUGCCGGAGAUGGACGGCUACGAGGCCACCAAACAGAUCCGAAUGAGGGAGCGGGAGAAAGGGCGGCGGCAGCUUAUCGUCGCCCUGACCGCCUCGGUUCUGGAUAACGACGAGGCAAAGUGCCGUGCAGCUGGCAUGGACGGUUUCUUGAGCAAGCCUGUUCGGCACGCCGACCUCGAGAAGGUCAUCCUGGAGCACUACGUCCCCGUCAACGGCACUGUUGCAGCAGCAACGGAGGCCUCCUGA